AUGACAAACACAAGGGGAAAAAGGCGAGGAACCCGUUACAUGUUCGCUAGACCAUUCCGUAAACAUGGAGUUGUGCCUCUUUCAACCUACAUGCGCAUCUACAAGAAGGGUGAUAUUGUAGACAUCAAGGGCAUGGGUACAAUCCAAAAGGGUAUGCCGCACAAAUGUUACCAUGGCAAGACUGGAAGAAUAUUUAAUGUUACCCAGCACGCAGUGGGCAUUAUUGUUAACAAACAAGUCAAGGGCAAAAUUCUAGCCAAAAGAAUUAAUGUGCGUAUUGAGCAUAUUAAACACUCAAAGAGCAGAGACAGCUUCCUACAGCGUGUGAAAGAGAAUGAAAGGAGGAAAACUGAGGCCAAGGCGAAAGGCUCGUGGGUGGAACUGAAACGCCAGCCUGCUGCACCCAGAGGAGCACACUUUGUCAGUACCCAAGGCAAAGAACCUGAACUGUUGGAGCCAAUACCUUACGAGUUCAUGGCAUAA